AAGGCAAUCCACCUUCUCAAGGUGUCUUCUCUUUUGUAUUACAAAAUUUCAUCCUCAUGGCCCAUCACUCUAGAACUCAAGGCUACUCUGAAUAUGACUGUGACACAUAUGCUGAUGGGUAUGCCUAUUCUGGGCCAUAUGUGACUGAUGAUUUUGGCUGUGAAGGCCAAAUUCAGCCCCAAAGGCCCUUGCAAAAGAUGGAGUGUAAGACUUAUGAGCCCCACAAUUCAACCCAAAGGGGCUUUCGCAAGGGGCCAGUGCUCCCUCAAGGCCAGACUGUGAAGCUCACUUCCAAGGGCAACACUGACUUUGCACUUGGUGUCAGAAAUGGGCAAGUGGUCAUGGUGUACUAUAACCCUAAUGACCUUACUCAGCAAUGGAUAAAGGAUGAGUCAUGGAGCAACAGUGUGAAUGACAGUGUGGGUCACCCUGCCUUUUGCCUGGUGAACAAGGCCACUGGCAAGGCCCUCCGCCAUGCACCCGGAGCCUUCCAACAGGUCCUUCUAACUAAUUACGAGCCGGGAUCAUUCGAGGAUGCGGUCAUGUGGACACAGAGUCAAGACUUUGGGGGUGGAUACAAGACCAUAAGAAUGGCAAACAACAUCCAUCUCAACCUUGACUGCUUCCAAGGAGACUUGAAGCAUGGUGGAAUCAAAGAUGGAAACCAAGCAGUGCUUUGGACUUGGAACGGCCAAGACAACCAGCUUUGGAAGAUCAAUCCCAGCUAUUAAGUUUUUUAAUGUUUUUCUCAACUUAUUGUCAUAGGCCUUUGAGGUUACGUCUCUAGGCCUCACCAUAUAAAUAAAUGAAAUAAGUUCUUAAUGUUAUGAAAUGGGUACACCUUUUUAUGAAA